AUGUACUUUGUGGCUCAUGACAUUAUGACUCGUACCACGUCGGAGAGCUGGUUUGAGGAUGAAAUCUCGCAAUUAUGGUCAGAAAGCGAUAACCUCGAAGAGAUCGAUACGUUGAUGGGCUGCUCGCGCGGUCUCAUGACCUUGAUAAACAAGAUCUCGGUUCACGCGUCCACAAAAGCAAAAGUAGUUCCCAAAUGUCCUGCCACUUCGAACCUUGUUCCUGACCGCGAGACAACUCUAGAUAUUGAAAAGCCGUCCUUUGACCUCCACUGA